AUGCAUGGAAGGGGAGCGACUUCAAAUUUUUGUAUGUACCGAACGUUCCACAACCAAUUCCAUUCUUCAAAUGUCGCUGUGGCGCAUAUGUAUUGCACUCACCCGGAAGACAAUGAGGCCAACUUCCAGUGCGACCACUACAUAGAAGAAGUGAAGCCAUUUCCAUCCACUGCCGAUCUUCCGAAAAACAAACUGACGGAGAAACUGGAAGAGGAGCGGCUGCGACAUAACGACAUAGACAUCGACGAGCUUCCCGCCAAAAUCAAGGAAAAUUUUGACACCGCCAAGAAGUUGAAGUUUGCUGUGAGAACGAUUUCUGCGUCAAUUAAUUGUAAUUUGUAUUCUUUGGUUUAUGACCACUUCUUUCUUUAUCCCUUUUUGAAUUAUAAAUCAUUUUUCCUCUUUCUACAGUAUCCUCCCCAGAAGAAUAGAAAAGGUAAUUUAACAGCACCCUUCUUUCUACAGUAUCCCUUCUACAAUAUCCUUCCCAGAAUACAAACCAAAAUAGGAGUAGUGCCGAUACCUUUUGAAAAAUGA